AUGACUCCCAGUGACGACAUCGUACGAGUGCGCCGACAUUAUUUCAUCGAAGAAGAACAUUGCGGAAGUAGAUUAUUCAGUCGUCCUUCAGACAGCAAAAAACAAACACACGGUGUUGAGCCAAACUAUUUUCAACACGGUAAAACGGCGUACGGCGGCGCCACCGGCUACUGGACGGCGACAGCGCGGAUUUGCAUCAGGAACGAAAAGACCAGCAUAUUUUGGUCUCCCUUAAGCACAGAAGCGGACGAUACCGCCGCGGAUGCCACACCGCAGAAGACAAAAAAGCAGGAUCGUCGGGCACGGCCCACCGUCUCCAGCGUUGGCCGUAAGAUCCCCUACAAUGAGGUCAGUGUGAUCAGUGAGGAGGGAAAGAAUUUGGGGGUCAUGCAACGCGAAGAAGUGCUCCAAGUCAUGGACCAGAAGGGACUCAAACUGGUGGUUCUGGCUGAACACCAGGACCCUCCGGUCUAUCGUCUGAUGAGCGGCAAGCAGAUCCAUGAGGAGCAGAUGAGGGAGAAACAGAAAGCCAGAGCAGCUCUGGUGCAAAUUAAAGAGCUCACCUUCUCAAUUGGCAUUGCUUCUCAUGACCUGACAACCAAGUUGAAGCAAGUGGAGAACUGGUUGGAGAAGAAGCACCAUGUCAGGAUAACACUCCGCGCGCAACGCAAGAAACCUACGGACAACCUGGAUAAAGAGCUGGAGCGGAUGCUGGAACAAAUAGAAGCCAAGGUGGGAUUCGUCUACCAGCCCAAACUGGUACACAAAGGUCAGGCGGCCAUUUGCGUCCUUCGACCGCCCUCAGCAAAGGAACUGUCCAAGAAACAAAAAGAUCGGACUUCCUUGCCGUCGUCCGACAGCUCACAGGCUGCCAAGGAGGAAACGUCAUCCCCUGAUACAAAACAGGAAUCUAUAAAGCAGUAAUAAACCUUUACCACAGAAAA